UUUUUACUGUUUGCGCUUUCAGGUCGCCUCUUCAGUCUGACUGGAGAGACCUCGCGGUUGUCAAAAGCGAACCGCUUCAUUAUUAACCAUAAGUAAACAAACACGCCCCUGAAGUUCUCUGUAACUCGGAAACUCGGGAGGACAAACUAAACAUCUGCCGUUACUUACUUAGUCGCUCUACGGGUAGACUAGGCAACACUGAAGAAACUUUAUUUUAACUUUUCAACAAAACAAGGAGAACGCAAGCUCGGGGCUCUUCUCUCACAGCCUGCUGUGCAGUCAGGCAGCCUCUCUAGGAUUUGUGUCGGAAGACUAGAAAUCUCCAUCCAUCCUCCCGAGAGUUUCCGCCAGCACCUGCGAACAUGACACGGAGAUCCUGCACGAUCUACGCGGUCGGGAUCAUCUGCGCUAGCCUGCUCAUCAUUGGGAUCGGUUUACUUGUGCUUCAAACUUUCCGCACACUCAUGCACAACCGCCUCAAAAAGGAGAUUGUUUUAGUAGAGGGCAGCCGUGUGUUUGAGUCGUGGAAAACCCCUCCCCCCCCUGUCUACAUGGAGUUCUUCUUCUUCAAUGUGACCAACGUGGAUGAGGUCCUCACAGGUGCCAAGCCCGUGGUCAAUCAGGUCGGACCCUACACAUACAGGGAGUACAGGUACAAGGACAACGUGACCAUGGUGGAAGAUGGCACAUUGGUGUCCGCAUACAACACCAAAAGCUUUGUGUUCCUGAGAGAGAGGUCUGUGGGCGACCCUGCUGUGGAUAACAUCACCACUGUCAACAUCCCUGCUUGGGCGGUAAUGAACAAGGUGAAAGGGAGUUUUUUUAAGGCCACCAUGGCGUCCGUUAUGAUGAACUCUUUGGGGGUUGGCCUCUUCACUACUCAAACUGUGGAUGAACUGCUGUGGGGUUACGAAGAUCCCCUGCUGAAACGCAUCGCUUCCUCCUCACCCGAUGUGGAGAAGGAUUUUGGCCUCAUGUACAAGAAAAAUGGAACUAACAACGGGGAAUUUGUCUACCACACCGGGGAGCAGAACUACAUGGAUUACGGCCGGGUCAAAACGUGGAAAGGUCAAAGCCAGCUGAAGUUCUGGUCAUCUAACCACAGCAACAGCAUCAAUGGAUCAGAUGGGAGUGCUUUCCAUCCUCUGUUGAGCAAGGAUGAACGCAUUUACAUCUUCACCCCAGACCUCUGCAGGACGAUCUACAUGGACUUUGAGAAAGACGUGGAGGUGAAAGGAAUCCCGGCUUACCGCUUCACGCCGCCGCGCUCUGUUUUGGCUAGCAAAGAGGAGAACCCAGACAACGAGGGUUUCUGCGUCACCCCGCAGGAGUGCCUGGGAACCGGCCUACUUAAAGUCAGCCCCUGUCGAAAAGGUGCCCCGGUGGUCGCCUCCUUUCCUCAUUUCUACCUGGCAGAUGAUAAAUAUGUGGCUGCCAUUGAGGGAAUGUUUCCUCAAAGGACACAUCACCAAACGUUCCUAGACCUCAACCCGACCACCGGAGUGAUUGUACGUGCAAACAAGAGAGCACAGAUAAAUGUCUUGAUCCAAAGAAUUUCUGGAUUCCCGACAACGAGAGGCCUUAGUGACACAGUCUUUCCUGUCAUGUUCAUCAACGAGAGUGUGGUGAUUGAUGAUGCAUCUGCGGCAAGAGUGCAGAAGCUGCUGCUGAUUGCCACUGUGGUGUCCAACUUCCCGCUCAUCAUUGUGGGACUGGGUGUCAUCAUGCUCAUCAUCUUCAUCAUCCUUCUGGUCCGGGUCCGCAGACAGAGGAAUGAAGUUAAGCGCAUUGUGUUUACCAAGCCUCUCUGUGCUACUACAGCUGAAGAGGACACCUCUUAUUCUCCAGUCAAUGACAAGGAAAAGGACGAUCCCCAAAACGGAACCUACAUUGGUUUGACACCUAAAGCUGACCCACAAGCUUGAGGAGGAGGGAGGUAGAUGGUUAGAAUGAAGCUUUGUACAUCGACAGCCUUUGAAAUCACAAAUAGGGAUUGGAGUUUUAUGUAGAUUUAAAAAAAAAAAAAACACUAUGAAAAAAUUGUCAAUAUCCUUUAUAAUUGAAAAUCUGUCUGUUUUGUGAUGUUUUACUCUGGGGGCGGGAGGCUGAGGGGUGGAGGAAGGGGACGUGUUUUUACUCUCGAACAUAGUGUGCUGGAUGUACUUAGUUUUACUCACAGAGAGCUACCUAAAGUCCAGGUCUAGGACACGAUAUUCCCAGAAAAAAAAAAAAAAAAUGUUGACUUUGAUUUGAAAACACUGUGUGUGCGUGAAGGGCUACUUCCUGCUGUUCAGUUCUCAUCAGCUGCUGAUCGUGCUAAAAUUCUUGACAACAGGGCCGCAGUUCUGAUGGAGAGCUCAAACAAACAAAACACACCCUUCAAACCUGAGGUGUGGGAUGAUCACAUUUCAGUGCUGUGGCCUCACCUCAUUCUCUGCCUACAUUAGAUUCUUGUCUUGCUUUGAGCUUUCAGAUUUAAGCGACUGACUACUAUACAACAGGGCAUAGAGGAUGAUUUGGGACCAGGGUUAUGAAAUCCAUUAAUUUUUUUUGGAUAUCAUACCUCACUCUCAGGGUGCCUCUGCUUAGAUAUAAUCAAGGCAAGAAUAGGAGCAAACAGCAAGUCUUUUCUCUCUGGAGAUGUUACAAAUCAGUUCAGUGUUACAAUGUUCCAUUUACAUUUCAUUCUAAACUAAAUGUUGCAAAACAUUUUUCAUGGCUCAUUAUUAUUUUCUAUGCGUGCAUUCUAUUUAGAGGGACACCUGCGCACAUCAUCGCCACCGUACCUGAGAAAACCUUCAGAGUAUGGCAUUUAUUUGUGUAUAUGCAGUGUAAGAUGAGUUGAACUGCUUACAUUCCUCUCAGUGUAUAAUGGGAGUGAAUAUCAGAUAAAAACGCUGUAUAUUUUGGAUAUUUUAAUUUUUGUAAAAUAAGAAGUCCUAUUCCUUCCUUCUUUUAGUUUUGUAAAUGUUAAUGUAGAAAUGUUUGAAUGUAGAACAUUGUAAGUUAAAGAUUCACAAAUGUCUUCUAGUGCCAUAAUGAGAGACACCUUUCUCAGCCAUCUAAAGCUCUGAAUGUGACAGGAUUUUUUGGUUGAAACAGUGAUUCAUUUUCGUCUUGACAGUAUUUUUUGCCCAGUAUAACUGCUUAUACUUACUGACAUCGCCAUAUUAAAAUGUAACUCAGCUUAAUAUCAUUUCAAAAUGUGCUUUUAUGAUGCUGUUGUUGAAUGCCUUUCUAGUGUUUUUUUGGUGCUGAAUAUGACACCCAACAACCUUUUUUUUUUUUUUUUUUUUGUGAAAAACUUGAGGAGUUUUCAUAUCAGAUGUCCAGCCACUACAACUUGAGAAAUGCUGUAGUUGUGCCUUAAAAACAAUCAGUGUUACUGGAUUUUUGUUUGCCUUUGUAGCUUUCACAUAUUCUGUGAAAUGAAACAACAAAUCUACUCUCAAGUGCUCUUCCAGCUACCAAACAAAAAUGAGGCGUGGGACUGUUAGAAUUUUAUUUUUUAUUUUUUUGUAUAGCCGGCAGGGUCAAACUGCACUUCGAAAACAAUCUGCUUGAAUGACAGAUCGCUGUACAGAGCUACAGCUUUCUCACUCAAGGCUAGUGGAAAAUUUGAAGUGCCAUUUUUAAUGCAAUAUAGAAAUGCUGCAGAAUGACUAAAUUUGAACUGUGACGAGCCCAGCUUUUAUCACUGCUCUUAUUUUUUAGCUGUAACAUUGUGAGGAUGAAUGAGUUACUUCACACCACUUCUUUAUUACAGUAACUGUAAUAAUCAGCACUGAACAUAUCAGACAAUAGUGGAGAAGCUGUAACAUGUUUCACUUAGAGAUUUUUGCUUCCUUGUGUGAUCUGUGUUUGAUGUAUACUUUAAUUCAGUUACAUCCAAUAAUAAAACUGAAUGAGAAUAUAAGAUUUUUGGAGAGUGCAAAAAGUAGUGCUAUAAAUUCAUGAUAGGCUGGAUGAAUGGAUAAAUCAGUAAUUUUCUUGAUUCAAAAACCACAGUAUUACACAAUAUUAAUGUAGUGGUUAAAGUGGAUAAAUUAUUUUGUUACACUGAUAAAACCAAAACACAGAAAGCACAACAUGGAUUGUACACAGGGCUAUUUUGUGCCAUACUUUGAUCACAAGUUGUACUUUGAGAAAUUAUUGUAAAACAACAUAUUCUUCUAAUUGUCAACUUGUUUUGAAGUGUUGACUGUUAAUGCUGUUUUUACUGUGUACACAAAAUUAAAAGUAGUUUCAGUA